AUGCCUCGUCAGAUUUAUAUAUUCGAUUAUAUCAAGAAAGAUUCGCAAAUGGAAAGGUGGCUGCAUAAGCUAGAUACUGAAGAUAAAGAAGUGUUUGAGAGUGAAGAUGGUGAAGUUCAGCCAGAAACAGACUUGCAGUUCCCAGUCUGCGAGUCAGAACUCCGUGAAUAUGAAGAGAAAAGAUUGAGUGAAUCCGAAGAAAUAUCAGAUUCACAUGACGUUCCACUUUCGUAA